GCAUGCAUGCCCGAGUGAGGGGGAGGGACAGAGGGAGAGGGACAAGCAGACGACCUGCUGAGCAGGGGGCCUGCCCUAGGGCUGGGAUCACGACCUGAGCCACCCAGGCGCCCCUGGAGAACAUUGUCAUUAAAACCUCUUUUAGGGUAGAUCUUCAGCUACGUUUUUGCAUUUCCUAUAUAAUGUAAUAGUCUUUUGAGCCUUUCUAAACUUUGCUGAGACAUCUAGCAGUUUCCUCCACCAGCUGGUAAUGGAGUUCCCUCUCUACAUUUAGAUCCUCUAAUACUAAUCCUUCACCCUCCAGAGUGAAAUCUGAUUCUCUUGACCCGGUCUGCUCAUGGGAUUCUUAUCAGUACUUUACAUUCACCUCAGUUAAAUACUGUUUUGACCUUUCCCAAAAAUACAUUUGGCUUUUCUAUUAUGGAACAGAAGUGAUUAAUGCUUUUGUUUCCCUAACUGCAUGUCUUAUGGGAGAGUAGAACUUGAUUUGUACAGAACCUAGCAUCGUCCACAGUUUGUUGUCUCGUAAAUACUUGGGAUGAUGAUAUGGAGUGAUGCGGGGGAGGGUGGCAGCAGGAGAGAGAAUGGUUAUCCAGUGACCUGCUGCUGCCCCUUUGUGAAUGUCAUGAGUGGCUGUGCGCCUGGGCUGGCUGGGAGUGGGCCCAAGGUAGUUCCAGGCCUUAGUUCUACCCUCAGUCUGUGUAGGUGGCACUUAGGUGUGUUUCUUUUCUGCUAUUAUACACAACACUGCAGUGAACAUGCUUACCCCUGCCUCCUUGCUCACGUGGGCCAGUGGAAUUGUCACCCCUCAUGGGCUCUUGCCCACUUGCUCAGAGAACAGAGCGGGAGGACCCAGGAGGCUCUUGUGCUUCUAGCCUUACUUCUUGAAAGGGACCUGGUGGUGCAUGAGAUACAUUCAAAAGUGGAAGAGUGAGAGCACUGUCCUGCUGAGGGGCUGGUUAUCCCUGGUGAGCAUAACUGAACUAACUCAGGGCCUAUUGAUGCAGCUUAUUUGAAUUUGGAGAGAGUUCAGUGUUCUCAACUCCCCAUACCUUCUGAGACCCAGACGUAGAGAUCAGGAAUCUCCUCUGUUGCUUCCCUCCGUCCCUGCCAACCCAGGGCAAUUGGACCCUCCUGUGAAGAAAUGUCAUAUCUCCCACUAGCCCCAUAUCCUGAAGUGCUGGAAUGAGUUUUCACCAUUGAUGUGUUCUGUAACACAUCUGAUGUGUGCCCCCAGAGGGGUCUGGAGCUGUGGUCAAAAGGGUCAUCUGCCAUUGAGGGGUACAGCUAAGUGUCCCUUCUAAGGUUGUACAGCAGGUGGUUGUGACUAUUUUUGUGACACCUCUUGGGCUAAGCAAGGUCCCUAUUAAGUGUAACACAGAAAGGGAAAGAGUAAACGAGAAGGAAAACAAGGGAGCCCCCAAAAGAGGGGUGAUUUAGGAGUCAUCAAGUGCCAUUGUCCAUCAUGGCUUCAGCUAUCCCUCAGUGGUCCCUGGGCCGCAGGAAGCAAUCCUGGAUGUGGUACUCUUCACCUGAAACUCCUGCUCUCAGCAUUUGCUCCAUUAAAUGGCAGUAAGGGCAAACAUGCCCUGUAGCGGAACAUGCCAGUCACACGAAUGGGAACAGGAAGAUGGUACAGAUUGGAAGACAGUGACGUGGUGGAGGCCUGGGGUUCGCCCCACAGCAGGCUCACCUUUACCAUAUUGUGUGGCUGUGUCCUUGCUGGGCUGAGGUGCUUGCAAGGAUCAACACCUCCUCACAGGACCUCACGUGAAGAAAGGAGCUGAUCACCCAUGAACUUGCACAGGCAGAGUCUCUGGCCUGCUUCCGUGGCCCACCAUGACUCCAGUAGUCUUCAGACGACAGGGAACUGGACUGACAAGGCCACCUACCUCUGGGCAGCCUGACCUUGGCCUGGACUCCUCCUUGGCUUCCUGGGGCCACCUCUGCUUCUGCCUGAGGCCCUGUCCACGGCCACAGCUGGGUCGAAAUGGCCACUGGUGGCCAGUGCUGCCCUGCUACACUUCCACUUUGAGGCAGGGACCCUGAUCCCUGGCUGGCAGCUGUCAUGCAGGCAGCAAGAGGGGAGCCUGAAAAGCCAGCCUUGCAAGGAACAGGGAAGCCCGAGGAGAGGGCAAGAGAUGGGGCAACGGCCAGUUGCAGGAGCGGACGGAACAUGCACAAUACUUUGGAGUGCGCUGUCUCAGCAUUGGCGCAGUUUGUGGUGCCCCAGAACAGCUACGCUGGUAACAUCACAGCUCACCCCUCCCAGAUCCCCACAGUAAGUGCGGUAAGAAUGAAAACGGUGGAACUCCUGUGAGAAGUACGCGAAUGUGACACAGACACGGACGGAGUGAGCAGGUGGUGCUGUGGGCUCCGCGGUGCUGACAGACGUGCCUGAGGCAGGGUUGUCCCACAACUGCAGUUUGUGUGAAGCGCACUAAAGCAAAGAGCAGUGAGCCCCAGCAGCAAGAACCUGUGCCUGUUGGAAUAGGUGCACGCCAGCCAACCAGGUGCGUGGGAAAGCCACACAGGCUGCACCAUUCUUCUGUCCCCCAGGUGAUGCCCUGGGAAAGGUCACAACUGCGUAAACCUUUAAAACCCCAGGGGGAAACAAACAUUCCCUGUGCUGGGACUCAGCUGCAACUCUGCAUGGGUGUCUCACCCGUUUUUUAAUUCACUCUCUUUGUAACUAAUUUUUCUUAAAGUAGCAAAAGGAGACCAUAGAUACUGAGCAGAGGAUAUCUAUUCCUAACUCUUGUAAGAAUUUUCAUCGUCCUUGCAGAAGCUGACCUUCGGGUGAGUGUCUGGUGCCCCAAGGGCAGUGUGACACAGGGCCCAUGGAAAAGGGGUGCCAGGCCUGGAGGCCCCUCAGGUGACUGGCCCCUUGGGAAGAGCCCUUGCCAGUCCAGGCUGGGUGGGUGCCUGGAGCAGGGAGGGCAGUGAGCCGGUGUCUCAGCAACAGAGGGCCGGGGGCCACCUCGGGCCGGCAACUCUCACAGGGGCUGGUCUUCUGGCAGGUGUAGUGAGAAGACCCAAGGGCGUUUUACUUAGCUGUCUGGCUCUCUGGACACUGGGGAGAGGGUUGUGCUCAGCCUGGCCUGUUCAGCAUAGCCCACAGAAACAGGAUUUACUCCACUUUGGGCUCCACCAGCCCCACCUGGUUGGACUCGGGGAGGAGGAGGCACUGUCUUAUUUCCAGACUCACAGGUAAACAUCCCUCCUGUUCCACGAUGAGAGGCGCCAGGCUGAUGGGGGCACUGCUCGCCCUGGCUGGCCUGCUGCAGGUGGCCCUGUCCCUGAAAAUAGCAGCCUUCAACAUCCGAACUUUUGGGGAGACCAAGAUGUCCAAUGCCACGCUCUCCCACUACAUUGUGCAGAUCCUGAGUCGCUAUGACAUUGCUGUCAUCCAGGAGGUCAGAGACAGCCACCUGACAGCCGUGGGGAAGCUGCUGGACAUACUCAAUCAGGAUGACCCCAACACCUAUCAGUUCGUGGUCAGUAAGUCGCUGGGCCGCAACAGCUACAAGGAACAGUACCUCUUCUUGUUCAGACCCAACCAGGUGUCUGUACUGGACAGCUACCAGUAUGACGACGGCUGCGAGCCCUGUGGGAACGACACUUUCAGCCGCGAGCCCGCCAUCGUCCUGUUCCACUCCCCGCUCACGGCGGUCCAGGCCUUCGCCAUUAUUCCCUUGCAUGCGGCCCCCCUGGACGCCGUGGCGGAGAUGGACUCGCUCUAUGAUGUCUACCUGGAUGUCCGGCAGAAGUGGGACCUGGAGGACAUCAUGCUCAUGGGCGACUUCAAUGCUGGCUGCAGCUACGUGGCCCCCUCCCAGUGGGCCUCCAUCCGCCUGCGCAUGAACCCGGCCUUCCAGUGGCUGAUUCCUGAUACCGCAGACACCACGGCCACCGCCACGCACUGUGCCUAUGACAGGAUUGUGGUGGCAGGGACGCUGCUCCAGCAUGCCAUCGUUCCGGACUCGGCCACCCCCUUUGACUUCCAGGCUGCCUAUGGCCUGAGCAGCGAGCUGGUAGGUGUCCUCCCUUACGUGCUUCAGCUUUGCUGGGGCCAGCACAUGGUGCCGGGGCGGGGGGGGGGGGGGGUGUCCGGUCACAAAGUACCGUGUGCAGAGCGGGCCGUGCACCCCUGUCCUCACUAUGGGUUUCCCCACAGGCCCAGGCCAUCAGUGACCAUUACCCGGUGGAGGUGAUGCUAAAGAUGGUUUGAUGUGAAUGGGGCCUGGGCUGGUGACCUCUCCCCUCUACCUCUCCAGCUUGCCUGUCCUCACGUGGUCAACAACGAUGUCCGUCUCCACAGAGAUCAGUUUCUUCUUGUCAAACUCACGAAGGUGGAGCAAGGUCAGCUCAUCAAACUGCUCAUAGCAGAAGAGAACCUGCGAGAGCCGGAGAACGUCAGCGUCGGGCCUUGAAAUGUCUGCCCGUGACAGGAAGAGAGGGGCGCGUGAGAGGCAGGCGGGGUCCCACGUCCGGAAAUGCCACACCAGAGACCCUAGGGCCUCAGCACAGUCCUGAGCAGGCCCUGGGCUAUGACGCACCAGCAGCAACAGUGACUCUACAGAACCCCACGUCCCUUCCCAGAGACAGACUAACGGCAGCUGGGCUGGGCCUCUGGAUGCUACCUCGCACUGCUUGGCUCUCCUGUGUCCUGGGCCCAUUCAGCCACUGUCCACUAAGCAGAGACCCUCCUUCAGGGGCUCAGACACCGGUUACCCUGUCCUGGCCCCAGCCCGUGGCU